UUCGCAUUACAUUGCCUCGAGAUUGUGAUGUCAGAUCGAAUGUAUUGCUCAUAACUAAUGUAGAUUUUGAUUGGACCUAAAAGCGCAUGGUGAUUGUGCGUCGGUGCCGACUGCCGCCAUUCUAUGUUCAGAGGUUAUCGAUUUUAAAUAGGUCAUCACAGAAAAUGGUUGGCUCCAGGGUGUAUGUGGGCGGCCUGCCCUUUGGAGUCAGGGAAAGGGAUUUGGAAAAGUUCUUCAAGGGCUUCGGCAGGAUUAGAGAUAUCUUGAUCAAAAACGGCUAUGGAUUUGUGGAAUUUGAAGAUUACAGGGACGCAGAUGAUGCUGUUUAUGAAUUGAAUGGAAAAGAACUAUUAGGAGAAAGGGUGAGCGUGGAGCGCGCGCGCGGCGUGCCCCGCGACUCGGACCGCUGGGGCGGCCGGGACGCGCGCACCCCGCGCGCCCGCGCGCCCAGGACCUCGCAGCCGGCAUCUGACUACAAUUAUAGAUACGGCCCGCCAACGCGUACCGAGUAUCGCCUUAUCGUAGAAAAUCUGUCAAGCCGCAUUAGCUGGCAGGACUUAAAGGAUUACAUGCGUCAAGCCGGUGAAGUAACGUACGCUGAUGCGCACAAACAACAUAGAAAUGAAGGCGUGGUGGAGUUCGCGACGCACUCGGACAUGCGCGCGGCGAUCGAGAAGCUGGACGGCACGGAGCUGAACGGGCGCCGCAUCCGGCUGGUGGAGGACCGGCGCUCGUCGCGCCGCCGCACGCGCUCCUCGUCGAGCCGCUCGCGCAGCCGCAGCCGCCCGCGCCGCGGCUCCCGCUCCAGAUCUCGCUCACGUCGCUCAUCCCGUAGCCGGUCACGCUCAAAGUCGCGUCCGAAGAGCAAGAGCCCAGCGCCAAAGUCUAGAUCCAGAUCUAGAUCUAAGGAGGCGAGCCGCUCGCGUUCCGGCUCGCGCAAGUCGCAGCCGCGCCGCUCGCGCUCCGGCUCGCGCGCCGAGCGCAACGGCAAGUCGGCCAGCCGCUCGCCCAAGCGCAACGAGUCCAAGGAGCGAUCCCGUUCCCGCAGCAAGGAGGCGGCGUCGCCGAAGCGCGAGGAGGGGCGCGAGGCGAGCAAGUCGCGUUCCCGCUCGCGCUCGCGCUCCGGCUCGCGCUCGCGUUCCGGCUCGCGGGAGCGCUCGCGAUCCGGCUCGCCGCGACAGAACGGCGGCGAGUCGCAAGACCGCGCCAGCACCGACCGCUCGCCGAGGAGCGGCGAAUAGAUGUACACGCUUAUGCACCGCGGCCGCAACGUUUCUACACAGUUUUCUAAUUUGCGUUGAGGAUAUGGUGUUUCAAUUUAGAAUGUUGUCGAUGGUCUGUAAUGAUUACCUGUCGGUAAUUGGAUGUUUGUGAAAUUCUGUUUGAUGGAUUCUGAUUUUACUGUGAUGGAAUUUUGAUUUCCUGUAGGUAGACUUUUUUCUUGGAUUAACUUCACUCGGUAAAACAAACGUAUAUUUAGAGUAUGUAAAUUGUUGCGAGUCGUGGUGUCACUAGUCUUAAAAUAAAGGAUAAGAUUUAAUUUUAAAACGAUCGUUUUGUAACUCGUUACAAAGCAUAGGUGUCACGGUCUUUUGGGUUAUUAUUGACACGCUUUUUUGUAUAAAAUAAAAAUAUUUCAUGUAUUUUUUUGUAUGCAAAAAAGAACUAGCAUUUGGAAUUUAUAUAAUUAUUAAAUUAAUUGUUAGUAAUUUUUCACUUGUGGAAAGUUUGAAAAUUUGCUGUAUUUGUAACAGUUUUUAUCUAGGUUAAAAUUUACUGUUGUAGAUGAAGUUGUAAAAUACUUUGUGACACCCCUAUUAUGUAUAGGUUAAGGUAUUCUGUAAAUACUGAUUCUAUUUAAGGCACCAAAUAAAUAACUAUUAAGGAAC